AUGUAAUAAACACAUUUAAAAUGCACUUGCUAACAAUUAAGUUAAGUUAACACUAUCAGAGAAGAUCCUGGGUUGGUUGAGAAAUUGAAAGAAAGGUAAAUGGAAUUAGAGGAGAAAUAAUUGGAAUUUGAACAUAAAAAGGGUAAUUUGGAGAGAGAGAAUGUGAUGCUAGAAGAGAAUAUUAAAAUAGAGUUACAAGGUUUGAAAGAAAACCAAUUGAUUCAAUAAUAAUUGAUAGAAGAACUAAGAAAUAACAAAAUCUCAGCUUAUAAGAGACAAAAUGAAUUACACUUAUUAAUACAGAAUGUCCAUGAAAAUGAGGCAGAAAAGAAGGUUUUUAAUAUGGCUAUGCUAGCAAUUAUUGAAUGA